CGCAUGCAGUAAACGCAGCUGCUCACAGAGCAGAGAAGCCAGACACAGCAUGGAGAACGUUCUACCCGCUCGCUAUUCGCACUCUGCAAUGUAGAAACCCUGCGCAGUGUAGGAGAAGCAACAUUUCAGGUUACAAGGGAGCUUCUUCUAUCUAAAUGCCUCCAUUACAGAGUUUUGGAGAAAUGGCUGCUCCUGAGGACACAGUUCGGGAUGGGCAUGGAUCUGAAGAUGUCGGACUGAAGGUCUGUCUCUAUCACCCCACCACCCACCCUGGUGGAAGCACCUUGGAGUUCUACUCUGGAGGGUAUACAGCAGAGGAACUUUGCAUUCUGGCAGCAAAGGCAAGCGGAAUCCUGCCGGUCUACAACAGCCUCUUCGCUCUUGCAACUGAAGAUCUGAAAGUUUGGUUCCCUCCAAGUCACAUUUUCCAAGUCGAUGGAUCCACUCAACAGGUUGUUCUAUACCGGAUCAGAUUUUUCUUCCCCAAUUGGUUUGGACAAGGCAGCAAGAAAUCAUAUCGCUAUGGUCUUACAAAGGAGUGCAUUAACACCGUUUUGGAUUACUCUGUCAUAGACUACCUCUUUGCUCAGUCACGCACUGACUUUGUCAGUGGUCUCAUAAAGGUGCCACUGGACCUGCAAAUGCAAGAGGAAUGUCUGGGAAUGGCAGUAUUGGACAUAAUGAGGAUAUCGAAGGAGAGGAAAUGGAACCUGCAACAAAUCUGUCAUCACAUCAGUUACAAGUCCUGCAUCCCGGCUGCCCUCCGUCGCCAAAUCCAGCAGCACAACUUCCUGACAAGGAAGAGAAUCCGAAGAAAGUUCUACAAAUUCUUGAGGAAAAUCAGCCACUGCGAGGCGGACCUCAAGUACCUGAAGCUGAAAUACCUCAUGGACAUGGAGAGCUUGGAAACUGUGCCCAGCAAGGAGACUUUCCAUGUUAAAGAUCCAACAUGGGAGCCCCAGGGACAGGACGUUCACAAGUUCAUCUGUGUCUCUGGGGAACAUGGAAUCCAGUGGAGUUUAAAAGGAGAUGAGCAGUGGCAGCCAUUUUGUGACUUCCCCGAGAUUGUGGACAUCACUCUCAAGCAAGCCAGCCGAGAUUAUGUCUUGGAAGAAAGCCGAAUUGUCACGCUUACCAAGCAAGACAACAAGCUUUUGGAGGCAGAGUUUCCCACUCUGAGAGAGGCUCUCUCCUUCGUGUCUCUUAUCGAUGGGUAUUACAGACUGACGGCUGAUGCACAUCACUAUUUCUGCAAAGAGGUGGCUCCACCGAAGCUGUUGGACCACAUUGAGGACAACUGUCAUGGACCUAUCACCUCUGACUUUGCCAUGUAUAAGCUGAAAAAACUUGGAAACAGGAAAGGAUUCUACAUCCUCCGCUGCAGUCCUAAGGAGUUCAACAAGUACUUCCUGACCGUUUGUGUUGAAUCGGAAUUUGGAAAGGACUACAAGGACUGUCUAAUUAUAAAGGAGAAAAAUUAUUCUCUGGCUGGAGUGCAAAGACAGUUUGAGAGUCUGAAGGAGCUUCUGAAUUACUAUCACACCGCAGGCCUCAUGUCAGAAAGUGUCAGCAUCCAGCUCAACACCUGUUGUCCACCUAGACCAAAAGAAAAAUCCAACUUGAUUAUCAUACGCAGUAACUGCUCUUCUGACCUCCUCACAUCUCCGACCAUGCAGCGAAGGAAUGUCAAUCAGAUGAUGUUCCACAAAGUGAAGAAGGAAGAGCUGACUUGGGGUGAAAGUCUAGGUCAAGGCUCCUUUAUGAAGAUCUUCAAAGGUACAAGAAAGGGAAAUGCGGAUUGUGAUUUUUAUCAGAUGGAUGUUUUACUGAAAGUCCUGGAUCACACGCACAGGAACUAUUCUGAGUCAUUCUUUGAGGCAGCGAGUGUAAUGAGUCAAAUUUCCCAUAAGCAUCUCAUCCUGGUUUAUGGAAUCUGCGCAGUUAGCGAAGAAAACAUCAUGGUGCAGGAGUACGUGAAGUACGGAGCCCUGGACAUGUACUUAAAAAAGAAUAGAAACAAAAACUGUGUCAACAUCAGCUGGAAGCUGGAAGUUGCCAAGCAGCUUGCCUAUGCCAUGAAUUUCCUGGAGGACAAGCACAUUGUCCACGGCAACAUCUGUGCCAAGAACGUCCUGCUGACACGCGAAGGAGAUGCAAUGACUGGGAUUCCUCCAUUUAUCAAGCUGAGCGACCCAGGGGUCAGCAUCACAAUCCUGCCAAUCGAAGUACGAAUUGACAGGAUUCCCUGGGCAGCUCCAGAAUGCAUUGACGAACCCAACCAUCUGGCUCUAGAAUCAGACAAGUGGAGUUUUGGGACAACGCUGUGGGAGAUAUUCAGCGGAGGAGACCUUCCUCUCUACAGCAUGGAGCCCACACGGAAGCUACAGUUUUACGAGGAUGGUCUCCAUCUUCCUGCUCCCAGGUGGACAGAACUCGCCAACCUCAUCAAUCAGUGCAUGAACUACCAGCCCUAUCUGCGGCCAUCCUUCAGAGCCAUCAUCAGAGAACUCAACAGAUUGAACACAUCAGACUAUGAAAGGCUCUGUGACUUGUCCCCCAGUGACCUCCCCAGUACUGAUGGCUUCUGGCGCUUUGUUGACAUGAGGAAACAGGAUGAUCCCAGUUUCUUUGAAGAGAGGCAUCUUAAAUUCAUCUCAAUGUUGGGCAAGGGAAACUUUGGCAGUGUGGAGCUGUGCCGAUACGAUCCACUCGGUGACAACACAGGAGACCUGGUCGCCGUGAAAAAGCUACAGCACAGCACAACAGAGCACCUUCGUGAUUUUGAGCGAGAGAUUGCGGUGGUCAAAAAUCUCCACAGUGAAUACAUUGUAAAAUACAAAGGGGUCUGCUACAGUGUCGGGCACAGGAACCUGAGACUAAUCAUGGAAUACCUGCCAUAUGGAAGCCUGCGAGAUUACCUGCAAAAGAACAAACACAGACUGGAUCAUAAAAAGCUCUUGCUGUACGCCUCACAAAUAUGUAAGGGGAUGGACUAUCUUGGCUCCAAACGCUACGUACACAGGGACCUGGCAACACGGAACAUUCUGGUAGAAAGUGACACCUGUGUAAAAAUAGGUGACUUUGGACUGACCAAGAUUCUGCCUGGAGACAAGGAUUAUUACAAAGUGCUGGAGCCUGGAGAGAGUCCGAUCUUUUGGUAUGCUUUCGAAUCUCUGUCCGACAGCAAGUUUUCCAGAGAGUCGGAUGUGUGGAGCUUUGGUGUUGUGCUUUACGAGUUGUUCACGUACAGUGAUCGAAGCAGGAGUCCGCCAAUGGAGUUUCUGCGGAUGAUUGGUUCAGAUAAACAGGGCCAGAUUGUCUUACAAAUGCUUGAAGUCUUGAAAACCAAACGCCUCCCAGCACCGAAGGACUGUUCUAGAGAGAUGUACAAUGUAAUGCUGAGCUGCUGGAACCACAAUCCUGCACAAAGACCGACGUUCGUGGAAUUGCUGCGAAACAUCGAAGAGAUGUACGAUGCCCUUCGGUGAUUAGCGUUGGUCGCUGGAGACAAACAUGGGAACUGAGCAAACAUGGGGACCAUGUUGUACCAUACAUGUCACCAAAAGCCAGGAUUGAACGCAAGACAAUUCACGAAGAAACUCAUAGCCCUUGCACCCAUAUUUAACAUUAUCAAGUUGUUUGAACUGCCUCAAUGAGCAUCGCAUUAUUAAUUACUCUUGAAGUGCAGUGACUGUUGCUAUGUGGUGCAGCCCAAACUCUCCCUGCCACAGCUUGCUGAGUUCCACAAUAUUCAACACCUUCAAAAUAUUGAAUACAACUUCACGCUGCGACUGUUGGAUGUUGGAAGGAGUCAGAUACUAGGACUACAUUUUCUCCUUCUGCAAUUUUCUUGCACUUUUGUUACAUUUAAACAGCCAUGAUCUCUCCCUUCGAGUGCAGAGACAACAGGCAGCGAGAGCGCGAGGAGAGGCACAGGCCAUUUAAUAUAACUCACCGCUUGUCUUAAA